CAAAAAUGGAUUGAGAAAAGCAAUGAAUUGAAAGAAAAAGAAACCGAAGAAGAAAAAGAAUUAGCCAACAAAAUCAGAGACAGUGUGGCGAAAAUUAACCAAAAAUUUGCCCAGGUUCGGCUAUCUCGGAAUACUAAUGCUCAGCCAGAUAAAGGUUUGGGGGCUAAUACUUUACUUUUAAUCGGCGGGGGAAUAAUAUUAUUUCUAAUGGGGGGUCUAGUAAGUUGA